AUGACAGAUCGAAAAGCAAAACGAUCACGCGUAAUUCUUAAUGAUGGAACAUGGGACUGCUCAUUGUGUACAUAUAAAAAUCCAUGUGUAGCAUUUCGAUGUGAAAUGUGUGAUUCAAGAAAAGGAACAGCUACUCGAAAACCAAAACUUGUAUUAAGCGGGCAUGUUGAGCAAUUGCCAAGAUCGAAACGUAAAACCGAUGACGAUUAUUCUUCUGAUCCAUCGACAACUGAUGAUACAGAUGGUCAAGAUGAUGACGACGAUGAUGAUGAAGAAUUCCAACACGAAGAACGUAAAAAUAUUCAUUCGAAUAAUAAUAAUAAUAAUCAUACACGACGAUCAUUUCCGAAUGAUCAUUUCAAUGAAAGUAUAUCAUCUCCAGCAUCAUCUACAACAACAACACGAUCCUAUCGGUCCGCUUCACCAUCGUCAUCAUCAAAAAUAAACGAUCCUUCGAAAAUAUCAACAACUAAGAAACGACCAACCAUUGGCUCAUUAUCCCGCUCAACCAAAUCAAUAUCAAUACCAAUAACUAAUAAAAAGCCUAAUCAUGAAAAUGACCAGAAAAAAAUCAUCAAACAUCAAUCAUCAAAAUCGAAAGAUCCUAAACAAAGGCAAUCGAACGAUAAUAAUCAAAAAAUUAAAGUAACGAGCAAUGAACGAAAUAAGAAAAAUGAUGUACAGAAAAAAAAAAAAAAAAUUAAACUAUCAUCACUUUCGUCCAUGUCGUCGUCGUCAUCAACAUCAUCAAAUUCGUCAUCAACGCAUACAACAACAACAAUAACAGUUGAUGGAGUUUCAGUUCGUAUUACGGAAUUAGUUAACAAUAAAAAUGAUUCCUUGACAACAAAUGACACUUUUAAUAAUGGCAAUAAUCCAUCAAGAGCUUCGUCGUCAUCACCAGCUGAUCAAAGUCGAAGUUAUAACAAUGAUCAAAUAUCUCUUUCAAGUUCUCUAAUCGGGAGUAUUGAUGAGACAGUCGAUCCGUGUGAAAACUUCUACGAAUUUGUCUGUGGUACGCAACUUAAGAACACUAAAAUACCAAAUGAUGCCAAUUCUCAAGAUAUAUUUGUCACGUUGGAGACGCGGUUGCAAGAUGCUAUUAUUGGUAGAGAAUACGUCAACCAUGCUUUUCCAUUGAUAGUUUUAUUGUUUGCAGAUCUUCUGACAUUGUCGACAUCGAACAAUACCAAUAUACCAAAAGCAGUUCUUAAUGCUCAGCGCUUAUUCGCUUCCUGCGUCAAUGAAACAGCUAUUAUGGCAGACUCUGUCAAUGUGUUACUAUCCUUUGUUAAUACAGAACUAGGUGGAUGGCCCAUAUUGCAAGGGCCAAUGUGGGACGAUGCAACAUUUAACUUCUCACAGUUACUGCUUAAAUUAGCCGAGUAUAGUAGCGACGUAAUUUAUAUUGCAGGUACAGAGAUCGAUGAGAUGAAUUCAUCGGUUCAAGCCAUUCGAAUUGGUCAAAGUGAUCUUGGUUUGCUAGAUCGUAGCUAUUAUGUUAACGAAAGCGACGUCACUAAAGCUUAUCGGCAAUUCAUACAGAACUUUGCUUUGGCAUUAGCUACAGACAGAUCAAUGAUCAAUGAUGAUGUUAAUGAUAUAUUUAAUUUUGAAAAAACCAUCGCUACGUUUGACUUUGUUCGUCACCUUCGUCGUCUCUACCUUUUGGCAAAUGUAUCUCUUGUUGAUACGGAUGUUGUAAUUGCGAGUGAACUUGACUAUUUACGUAAUGUUUCAUUAAUUGUUGAUCAACAAUCACCACGAGUUUUACAAAACUAUAUGGUAUGGCGGUUCAUGAUGAGUCGGGCAUGGAUUAUACCACGGCGAUUUCGAACCAUCAAACAACAGUUCGAUCAAGUAUUUCUCGGUACUACUGUUGAGCAAGUACGCGCAAUGAAGUGUGCUAGGUAUGUCAAUUACAAUAUGGGGUUUGCUGUUUCAAAACUUUAUAUAGAUAAAUAUUUUGACAAGGACGCUCGUAUAGAGUCAAUUGUAAUGAUUGACAAUAUUCGAAAUCAGUUUAUUGAUAUUAUUAACCAAUCGACAUGGAUGAACUCCAUCUCGAAAAGUAGAGCAAUCGAUAAAGCCCGGGCUAUAAACGCAAAAGUUGGCUAUCCAGCCUAUUUAGACGACAAUAAUAACACAAAGUUGGAGAAAAAUUAUGCCGAGUAUAAUUUCAAUUCGUCUUUUGCACGGAACGUUUUGCUCAUGCUCAAACUAAAUGCUAAAAAAAAUCUUCAAGUGCUUCGACAACUUCUUGAUCGAGAAGAAUGGAUUGGAUAUACGCCCACUAUCGUCAAUGCCUUUUAUAAUCCCUCAUUUAAUGAUAUCUCUUUUCCAGCUGGCAUUCUUCAAACGCCUUUCUUUUACAAAGAUGCACCCAAAUAUCUCAACUAUGGCGCUAUCGGAACGAUCAUUGGACAUGAAAUUACACAUGGCUUCGAUAACUUCGGUGGACUGUAUGACAAAGAUGGAAAUAAGAUACUCUGGUGGGAUAAUGAGACAUUAAGUGCAUUUAACCAACGGAAGACUUGCAUCAUUGAUCAGUACAACAAUUAUACAGUGACUCAAAUUGAUCUUCCGGUUAAUGGUGAACAAACUCAAGGUGAAAAUAUUGCUGAUAACGGUGGACUGAAAGCAGCAUUUGCUCAGAAGUCAUCAUCCAUCAACAAUCAUCCUUUUAGUUUACCAAAAACUAAUCAGAGUCUGGACAAUAAAAAACCGGAAAUUGAUCAACAUAAUAGAAGAUACUCAUCAAUUCAUGUACAAAGAAUAUCUCGAACAUCGAGCAAUAACAGUACGACAAAUCUUCUACCUAGCUAUUCAAAUCAGUCAAGAUAUUCACGUUUUGAUUUGCAAAGCAUGAAUUCAUCAUCAAACAAUCAAGAAAUGUCAUUUUGGCACCCAAUAAGUAGCGAACAAACAAAUCAAUUGCCAAGUUAUGUCGAAAAGACAACUGCGAUGCCAUGCCAUAUGAAAAGGCGAAGUCAAUCUUUGAACCACGAGAAGAAUAGAUUUCAUACAUCUGCUCGUGUGCAAUGGAUAAGCCGAUUAUCAAGUUAUCGGAAGAAGAUAAUUAUGCCGUUGAGGAAUCCGUACAAAAUAAGUCCAACACCAGUGCGGGAAGAAAGUUUCAGCCCAUCAAGCAAAGUAACACGAUUUUCUCUUGAAUAG